AUGCAGCAAAAUCGUAGACGGCCUCACCAAGGCAAAAUAUUAUCGAGCGGCCUACCCCGGGAUGAAAAAUACGGAUAUCAUUUAAGAAUCAAAACGAGGAUCACAUCUUUGCUGGAAGGCAUUGCUUCGGAAGGGACUAAUGCUUUGGACAGUGCUCUUGCGAGACUCGAGGAGGACAUGAAGGAACAUGAUCUGGCCGCGCCAGAGCUUACAACCGCACAGGGACAUUCUGAACAGCUGGUACAAUGGGAAUGGGAUGACCAUCGUCAAGACCACUACUAUUGGGUGGCUGAAGGAUACUUCCAGUAUCACAAAGGUGGUCGAGUCAGACCGGACGGUACACCAUACGGCGAAGUAGGGGGAGGACAGUUGCUCUUGGAGGAUUGA